AUGGAUCUAGCUUCUGAGUCUCCAUCGCAAAGCGAAACGCUGACCGGCCACUCACUUAUUGCUCUCACACCUAUUCCAACUGUCCUCCUCGACGCUUCACUUCACAUACUGCUGGUAUCUGCUAGCUUCCUCUCACUCCAUAACCUCGCGGCGGAAGCAUGCAUCGGUGUUGGCGUAUACGAGCUGAUGGGGGCAAGAGGUCUUGGUCUGGACGUAGCUUCUGUACAAUGUGCAAUAGAAACCGCACGGUCAACGAAGAAGGUCCACGCCGCGGACGCUAUACAGGUCAAGGGUCACGGCACUGCAGCGCCCAGAUACUGGGCUGUACGAGCUAUCCCAAUGUUCGAGAAGGAAACCCUUCGUUACAUAUCCAUAGAGUUUCAGGAGACAAUCAGCGAUGACCAGAUGCAACAGGCAAAUAACCAAUUGGACACCAACGACACAUACCGGAUGCUCGUUCAGACGGUCAAAGACUAUGCUAUUUUCAUGUUAGACACAAAAGGCAACGUCAAGACUUGGAACCAGGGGGCUGCUUUGCUUAAGGGGUACACCGCAGAGGAAAUAAUAGGAAAACACUUUUCCACCUUUUAUACUCGCGAAGAUCUCGUGGCCGAGAAGCCAAGGAAGGAAAUAGAGAUCUGUCUACGAGAUGGCAAAGUGGAAGAUGAAUCGUGGCGUCUGCGCCGGGAUGGAUCUCGAUUCUGGGCAAAUGUUAUCCUCACGUCUGUAUACAGGAACGGCGUGCAUAUUGGAUUUAGCAAGGUCACGCGUGAUCUGACUGAGCGAAAAGCUGCUGAGUCUAGACUGGUCUCUGCCUACGAGGAGGCUGCGAAGCUAAAGUCGGAAUUUCUCGCCAACAUGACCCACGAAAUACGAACACCGAUGCAUGGAAUGCUCUCUGCUCUUACUCUCCUCACGGACACCUCGCUAUUGCCGGAGCAACGGGAAUUGACAGGCAUUAUCGAAGAAUCGGGCAACGUCUUGCUAGAUGUAAUCAACGAUAUCCUAGACUGGAGUAAGCUGUCAGCUGGGACUUUCCCGAUCAAUUCGGACGUCAUUAACAUUCCGGACGUUGUUUCUUCUGUAGUUCGCGGUUCUCGGCCACUUCUCAACCAUGGAGUGUCAAUCGACGUGUCUUCCGAUCCAAGUUUGCCUACGGUAGUACAUGGUGAUCCUGUCCGCUACCGCCAGGUUUUGAAUAAUCUAGUAUCGAAUGCUGCGAAGUUCACAGACUCCGGAUCUAUCCGUAUUCGGACAUAUGCCACGAAAGAGGAUGAUCUCUCAUACAUACUUCAAACAGAGGUCACCGACACAGGGAUUGGCAUCUCGAACCCUACUUCUGGCUCUCUAUUUACCCCGUUCACUCAAUUCGAUACAUCAGCCACCAAGCGCUACAAAGGUACCGGACUUGGCCUUUCAAUCAGCAAAACCCUCGCAGAAUUAAUGGGCGGCACUAUCGGCUUUCACGCCAAUCCACAGACCCGCGGAAGUGUCUUUUGGUUUUCGGUGAACGUAGCAAAACUGCCCACUACGAUUCCUGCAGCGGUACUAACAAAAGCCUUGGCGUCAACAACUAUCUCACCUGUUGAUCCACGAGAGCUCCUCAGCGAAAUCGCACCGUCAAAGCGUCUUCUUCUUGCUGAGGAUAACUUGAUCAAUCAGAAAGUAAUGGUAAAGAUGCUGCGGGGUCUUGGAUUCGAGCACAUUCACACUGCUUUGGACGGAGCACAAGCCGUACAGCUCGCGAAGCAGCACUCAUUGCUCCUCGAUGUUAUCCUCAUGGAUAUUAGUAUGCCGAUUCUCGAUGGUAUGGAGGCUACAGUGGAAAUUCGUAGGGCUGGGGUGAAUAUACCGAUCAUUGCACUAACUGCAAAUGCGCUGGAGGGUGACAGGGAGAUUUAUUUGGCGAAAGGAAUGAACGGCUAUGUCUCUAAACCUGUGGAUCGUCAGAAGCUGGCAGAUGUCUUGCUAAGAUGGUUGAAGUGUGACUAG